AUGACCACCUCAGUCAACAGCGCGUUCGAAGCGCACUACAUCAAACACGCCCGCCUCGCUCUUCAGCGCGAAGCCGGCGAGGCCCCUCCUGCCUCUCCCAAGCACCCUUCGGAACUUAAGAGCGUCCCUCUCUUCCUUAGCGCGCAGAACUUAGUACACCCCAGCGAGCCUCCCAUCAGCGCUCUCCUAUACGGCGGCUUCCUCGAGCAUCUCGGGCGGUGUAUCUACGGCGGUAUCGUGGACGACUACCGAAAUCCCAGCCCGGCCCAGCUGCUGAUCAAGCAGGAUGACGGGACGGCUCAUGCCAAGGGAAGGCUUGGGUGGAGAAAGGAUGUCAAGGAGAUCCUGGCGUCGGACGGCGAGUUGGAGGUGCCGAUGAUGCGCUGGCCUGGAGGCAAUUUUGUGUCGAACUAUCAUUGGCAAGAUGGCAUAGGACCCAUAGCGGACAGGCCCAAGACGAUCGAGCUCGCGUGGCUCUCGGACGACCCGAACAUCUUCGGCACGGACGAGUAUGUCGAGUACUGCCAGGGUCUUGGGGCUGAGCCUUACAUCUGCCUCAAUAUGGGAUCUGGGACGUUAGAAGAAGCUCUUGCAUGGGUGGAAUAUUGCAAUGGUACUAGCAACAGCAAAUAUGCCAAGCUCCGAAAACAGAACACCGGAAGGGAGGAGCCGCAUAACGUCAAGUAUUGGGGACUUGGAAAUGAGAACUACGGCCCCUGGCAGGUGGGGAACAUGAGCGCGACAGAGUACACCAUGAAGGCCAAAUCUUGGGCGCACGCCCUGAGACUGGUGGAUCCUACUAUCAAGCUUGUCUCGUGUGGGCACAAUGGAGCGACCGCUUGGGAUCGGGAGGUACUGGCUACGAUGGUCGGCUAUGUCGAUCUGCACUCCAUCCACUUCUAUUCUAUGGUCUAUCACGAACGCUCCCCUCCUGGCUUCCUUUACGAAAAGAACGUCUUCGGUCCUGCCAUCGUUGAGCUGUACAUCGACGUGUGUCAAUCCUUGAUUCACCUCGCGAACAAUGAGCGCGCGCUGCUCGAUAUACCUCCGCGCGAAGUCAAGAUCGCGUUUGACGAGUGGAACGUCUGGGAUAAGGCUAAAGGGAAUGCGGACAAUGGAUUGGAGCAGUGGUAUGACUUUACGGACAUGUUGGGGUUUGUUGGCUGGCUGAACGUCUUUGUGCGAAAACACAAGGAGGUCGGGCUCGCUAAUCUGGCACAAGCCGUCAAUGUUAUUGCGCCUUUGAUGACGACAAAGGAUGGCGUAGUGAGACAGACUACUUUCUAUCCGCUAAAGCUGUUCUCCAAGUACAUGAAGAACGGGAGACUGAUGGCGACGCCAGCUCAACCCGAUACCUACAUUGGGCCCACAUUUCCCGUGACCAUUCAGACCCUCAAGCUCCAACCCGCAUACAUCGACCUCGUUGCCAUAGUCGUCGAUACGACCGACGGGAUCAGUAUCCGGGUCUGCGUGCUCAACCGUCAUCCGACGGCGGAUUGGAAGGCGGACUUUAGGCUGGAUGCUUUCGAUCUCGACCAUGUGGAGAUCCACGAGAUGUACUCUGACGAUCUUGAGGCAGUGAACACUUUCCACAGCCCCGACACAGUCGUUCCGGCGGUGAGCAAGGUGGAGGGGGAAGACUGGAAAGGGACGCAUACCGUUCGCAAGCAUUCCUGGUCCUUCUUCCUUUUCAAUGGCAAAAGUACUUCGUAG